UUUAAAAAAAAAAAAAAAAAAAAAAGUGUUAAAAACCUGGAGUAAUAUCCUGUAAAUUGUUUAUGGUUUGAAUCAUUCUAACUAGAAAUUGAGUGAACUUGAAGUCAGCCAAAAUGACAGUAAGAUGUAUAAGAAUCUAUAGAGCAGAGACUCUUUUGAAGUAUUUGAAAAGCACAAAGUGCAGAAUACAGACAUUAUGUUAAACAUUUAAUGAUGGGAAGGUAGGGGAAUCCUCAUAGGGGAAAAUAAAAAUGUGUAUGUGAUAUAAAAGAUGAAUAUAAUUCACCACUGGUAUCUGCUUGGAAGAGAGAGUUGUGAAACGGAAGGUCUCCUGAUAUUCUUCAGUUGAUUCUGAGUGUUACGGCUGUCUCUAAGGUUGAGUUAUACAAGCCAUGGAGUGGUUAGACAGCAACAGAAGUGGAGGCUGUGGUUCUUAAGUUCAGCAAACCACAGACUACUGUCAAGCCACAACAUGCUCCCAGACCAUCAUGCACCUUUGGUUAAAAAUCACUCCUGUCCCAUUGACAAGCUGCACACUGCUGGCAGUGUCUGUGGACCACAGGGUGGAAAUCAUUGAGCUGUGAUGAGCUCUAGCAUUAGGAACAAUAAUCUUCAAAACUAGUUUCAGGUAAGAAAAUGAAUUGUGGGUAAUUUAUUAUAAGAUUAUGAGAAGAACAGCUUUUAGAUUGAAGUGAGAUAAAGAUCUGGAAAAAACAAUCAUUUAUUUUGGUUUGGAAGGUGAAGAGAGUAGAGAAGGGAAUUCCUUCCUGCUCCUGUUAAAUCUUUUUCCACUUCUUUCUUUUCCCUCCCUGUCUCUUCCUCACGAGGCAGUGAUAAAAGGAAAAUAAUAAAGUGGAGUACUUUAGAUGUUCAAGCUUUGCUGGCAAACCUUUAAAGAAUUUGGAAAAUUUUUUACCUUUUUCCUUAAUGUCACAGCAUGCACCACUUUUUGACCAGCUCUAGUUCUCAGUAGUUACCAGUGUUCACAGGCAACAUUCAUCCAUUCCUGCAACAGGAAGGAACCCACUGAAGUCACUGUGAGCCCCAGGUGCACAAGGAAAUGCAAAGUUGUCUUCAAAGAUUUGAGGCCAUGUAGCUAAGAUAGUGUUACAGAAAAACAAGUGUGUGGGAUGAAAACUUGCGUUUCAGCUGUGCUGACAUGGUAGGAUAUGGAAGGAUGGGGCUGCCCAGGUGAGGGUUAUAAUGUGUUUAUCAGCUAAUCAGUCUGAGCAUGCAAAUCUUGGCAUUUCCGGAGGGUUGGCUACACCUGGGAUGUAAUUUGGAUGCAAGUGAACUUGUAUCAAAAUUUUUUGUCACAGGAAUGGUGAUGUGUCCUCUUGUCAUCCAAGAUGUACUGCUCUGGGCUUUGUCACAGUGAAGAGUGUGAAAUUAAUGCUGUGCUGGUAUGAUCAAUCCCCCUGACAGUGCUGUGAAUCUCAGAUCAUGGAUGUGUUAGUGGGCUAACCAAUACAUGGAUAUUCAAGUUGACUGGUUGAAUUUAAGAUCUUAUCCCAAUUCCUUUGAUCAACAUCAGUGUGGCUGGUAUUAGUGUAGGGUGACUUGUUUUUUCAGGAGGUGUCAGAGCACAACCUGCAUGUUCCUUGCUAUCACAGUGCCGCUUGCUCUAAGCUGUCUCUGACAGCUCUGGUUCAUUCAUAACUCCAAAGUGUUAGGCUCACACUUGGAUGCCUUUAAGCCCCAUUUAAUCCCAGAGGGCACCUGAUUCAGGUUAACUCUUUGCUUCUGCUCACAGAGAUGUAAGCCAAUUGUGUAGUGCCAAAUGAUAAAACAAGAACAAAUCCUUUUCAGUGUCCAGGAAAAAUAGAUGAAUGUAAUAUCACCCAAACAAGAGAUAAGAGAAUCUCGAGUCUGAAUAUACCCUGACCUACAGCAUUGAUUUCAGCUGCUGCUCACAGCCUGUGCUCCAGCCUGGCUGCUGACAGAAUGACUUUGCUGAACACUUUUGCUGGAAACUACCAAAGGGGUUCAUUGGAGCCUGCCAAAAAUGCUGCUGCCUUCACCUUCUUGGCUCAUCAGGAAGAUGCAGAACUCUGGCUAUGAUGAGGGUACAAUGAAGAAAUAUGCUUGGCUGUUAUCUGUUUUACAAAGCAGAAAGUUAUUUUGCUUAUUUAAAUUAUCUUUACAAUCAAGAGUAACAUUUAGGAAAAAAUUAAUAGGUACAUAUCCAUUUUUUCAUGUGUACUUUAGAUCACUGCAUUUGAAAGGAUUGAAAUAAUAGUGGAAAUUCAAAAAUGAAAAAGGAAGUAAUUGUGACAUAAUUAGGGGGAAAUGGCUGUACUCUAAUAAAGAUAAGUGAUUUUAGCUAUUUUUCCUUCUGCCCUUUUUAUUAAACAAGCAGUAAUAUUUAUAAAGCCAAUUUCAGUUUUGUUUACAGUCCAAUCUGAGAUUCAGAUUUUGACCUCUGGGUAUGGCACGAGCCUGUGUUGUUUAGGGAGUAAAAGGCUGCAAGAGAAGAAUUAUGAUGACAAUUUUGGUUAUACUAUUUCUCUUUUAAAAACAAACAAGCAAACCUAACCAAAAAACCAAACCAAAACCAAACAAAAACAACACCAGAAAACAAACUGUUAGCGUUUUUUGUAUUUGGCUCAUGUAGAAGCUCGUUUUUGAGACUAGUCUUGACAGUAUCUUUCUUACUUCUAUUUGACUGUAAUUUUCCUAGUCUGAGAAACAAAGCAUAAAUGUAUUUACUUGGUUCUUUAGCCUAAGUGCUCUGAAGCAGUCAUGUCAUCUUUAAAGAGCACUGCCCUACAGACUAAGAGGAUAAAAGCUUCUGUAUUCUUACUUAGGACAUUAGAGAGCGAUAGUGAAUCUGCUUCUGUCUGUGUGCAGUUGAAGAAUGCAGAUGCAUGGUGAGAUUUGCUUCUGUCAUUGUGGAAUCUAAGUUCUUUUCUUCCCUCUCCUGACUGCCAAGGCAGGGCUGGAUUUUUACCAUAAAGAUGUCAGUUAAGUAAGGUCCACCUGCUGCCCCCCCUUCUCUUUGAACUGUGAAGUAAAUUCUCUCCAGAUAUUGCAAACUAAUAAACCACUGUAAGAGCGGUGCAGAUGAAUCUCCACAUUUGUCUUGGAUGGAAGGGCCAGACUUCUGUCAGGAAUGUCUGAAUCUGUGCUUUGGGUGCAGCUUCCUUCUGUUCAAGGGUGAUGAUCAUCUUGUCAACAAAGCAUCUGAUUUACAAGAUGAAGUCACUUACAGAAGUAUGUUUCCAUCAUAUAUGUGUUAAUACAUCUAGGGAGGGAAAUAGGGGCUUUUUUGCAUGUGAUAUAACCAAACACUGCACCUGCUUAUGGUUUUUCCCCUUUUCCUUGGGUAGAUCAGGAAUGUAGUUUGUGUUUGACCAAAAGUGUAGGACUUUUAACAGGAAAAAAACUUGGCUCACCCUACUUCUUAUGAGAAAGCUGCACUGAAAGCAUUCUAAUGGCUUUCCAGAUUAAUGGGGUCUAAAUUAGUAUUUGUCAGUGACUAAUGAAUGGAUAAAAUAAACACUUCUUUGUAAUUCUUGGCUUUCUUUGGUAUCUCAGUCAAUGCUACUUCUAAGCAAGAAGCCUCUUUAUCGAUAGGAUGCUAAAUCUACUUCCCAUACUGAAUUUGGUGGUGUAAUUCUCAUCAACUUUGAUGGAGAAGAGACUGACAAAGGAUAAUCCAGCCUCUGUUAUGGAUACCUAUGACUUUUUUUUUAAGUGGCAGCCAGAGUGAGGAUAUAUGAAUGUAUUAAGAUCUUUUUGUAAGUGUUUUUUUCAAUAUUGAAAGAUCCGGUGCUCUUUGAGGUACUGACCUCAUUUGACCCUGUGUGCUUCACAGGCAUCAUUCAAUUGGUUUAGCAGCUGUUUACGAAAAACAAAAACUCAGAAGGACUUUAUCCUCUUUGAACAAAAUGCAUUCUUUUCUCUGAACUCGGUAUCUCUAAAUUCUCUGAGCAGCACCAAUCCCCUAAUAUUAAAUGUGUUUAUCUUGAAUUAUUUUGUGCCAUCCAAAUGCAACAAAGUUCAAAUUAAUUAAUACAAUCAAAUGAUUUUUCAAAACUGUUGCUCUGAAUUGUAUUUGUGACACAUACUGCUUUGUUUUCUAGCAAAGUUAAUUCACUGGGAUUUAUAUAGUGCUUUAGGGGGAUGUGGCAAUUUAUUACGAGAAAUGAAGACUGAUGUUUGCGAUUGAAGAUUUUGAUCCCAUAUUAUCUGAAUCCCCUUAAAAUGACUCUGUUUUCUUAAAGCAGAGUUUAAAAUGUCAUUACUUAGUAUUCUAAGUUUGUAUUACUUGUUUUAUGCCACUUCACUGGCAAAGACAAGGCAAACAUUCCUAAUGAUGCGAGUCCUUGAAAUUGAGUGGUUUAUUCAAGGUGAGUCUAUGUUUGUAUGCUAAAUUUUCCUAAAGAAAAAUGCUUAAACUUUUAUUGGCUCCAGAAAACAGAAAUGCAGUUAGCAUGUUGGGUGGGAAUGUUCCUACCAUCUUUUCUCCUUUUGCAUGGCUCUGGCAUGUUGAAAGUCAGCAGGUCUUUGUUUUUGCUACUGAGAAAGUAUGGGAUUACAUAGACAGCUUAAAUAAAUACUUAGAUCAGACUGGGAUACUUUCACCCAAGAUGCUAGGUAAAAGCAAUUCAUGUUUUGGAGGAACGUGCUAUUUUGAGGGAGGAUAAUUCAUUUUCCCCACCUUAUUCAGUCCUUGGCCUUUAGAAUGGUAUCAACAAAGGAAGUGACUCUUACAGAUGCUUUUGUGAUGUGGUGCCUAAUUUGUUGAGAGCUGGACUGAGAUCUGUUGACUCAUUUCACGUAAGCCACCAAAGAGCAAUUUCCAGUUAUUGCCUGGACCACGUCUGGGAGCUGAAAGAUGCGAUUUCCAACUGCCAGCCGAGCUUUGCAAGAAAUGUAACAAACUUGUGUUACAAAUAUUUCAAUGUUGUAAUUCAGCCUUUGAAGUUUUGGCACUCAUUUGGCAAAAGAUGUUUCCAAAGAGGUUAUUUUUAGCAAACGCUAUAUAAAGAGAUCCAGAUCUUUAUGUGGAGAAUAUUUUUACUGUCUGUGAGGUGCCCAGAGUUAAGGGAUGUGAAAAUGACAAGAUGCUCAAAUCACAGUUGGAUUCAAAUUGUCUUAAGUUUGGUGGGGUCUGGGUCUCUCCACAUUACAGACAGUUGCCUGGUCCUCCUCUGCUGGAGAGUCCAGUGCUCUCUGCUGGAGAUGGAGAUGGGGGAGGGAUGCCACCUAUUUUGUUUGCUUCAUUUGGUCCUUGGGACGUAUUUUACCUGUAAGUCACAUCCAUUUGCUGUAGGGCUACUACUUGAUGAGGCUGGGUUUCUAAAAGUUCUUGAGAAGUGUGUUGUAGACAUGGCCAACACCUACAGGCUUUUGAGCUGAUAAGGAGAAGCAAACUGCUAAAUCCAAAGCUUAAUUCGGGGUAGCCACAUCACAAUGAGAGCUGGCAUUGUAUCAGCUGCCAGGCAAGAUUCAUCUACGUACCCUUGGGUGCUUAACAGUUGCGCAUCUAAGCCAGUCAGUCAUCUUUACCAUCCUCUGUAGUCAGUGGCAAUGAAAAAGCACUAGGAAGUGUUUGCUUCUGCCUUCUAUGAUAGUCACUAUUUAGGACUCUGCCACUACAACAUGUAGAACAGAGGUUAACAUCUUUUUUCAGCAGAAAAAGGUACAAGCAAGGCCCUGGUGGGCUUCUAGUUGUGCAACCUUGAAUGCGUGUAUAUGCUCUGAUACUGCUGUGUGACUUCCGAGUAGUUUCCUAUGGCAGCUGAAGUUUCAGGAGUAAUAAAAUCUGCUGGCUUCACCUUAGUAGAAUAUCCCUGCAGGUGCAUGCAAAAACUUGUGAUUUCACAGACUCCUUUUGUUUUGCCAACAGCAUAGUCAGAAUCCGUUUGUUUUUCUCCAGAAGAGCGUGAAGAAUGUGGUUCCUCAAUAGCAGCUGCAAAAGCCCCGGGGCUCAGUGUAAACAGCAGUGUAAGUGGGCAGAGCUCCACUGCAGUUACACCUCUGAAAAAGCCCUGGGCCCAGGUCAAAUGAGCUUUUUUCUCUUUCCUGCUGUAAUUCUAUUUUUUUCCCCAUAGUUCAUUGUGCCAUUUAGUGUUAAAAAUAGGAAUCCAUAAAGCAUUUUUAUGUUCCAUAAGUGCACACAUUUUAUUUUUCAAAUGCAUAUCUGUAUGAAGGCUUGCCAGAGGAACAGCUUGCCUUUCCCCAGUGCUGAGCUGAACUGACUGUAAUACUAAACUCAAGGUAAAAGUCAGGACUGAUGCAGCAAUUCCAUAUCUCAGCCCUUCCUUCAGGUUUCUGCCAGCUUCUACAAAUUAUGCUUUGUGCUUCAGAUGCUGGUAUGGUGCUGCACAGUUGACUUUGUUUUUAAAUUACUUUUUAUUUUCGCAGCUAUGAUUAAUUUUGUUGUGCCCCACUUUCCCGUUUCUAAAAUCAGACUGAAAUUGUCAUCAUAUUUUGAGAACUGUAUGUGGAGAGUGCUAUGUAAGCCUCUACGUUAUAUUGGAUAUGUUUCUACUAAUAAAUGGGUGGAGAUGGAAGAAGUCUGUUCCCCAGGCUGCUGUAGACACUUGUUACAAGGCAGGGUUCUCUAGUCAAGUUCUUUCCUUGCUCAUAUACCUUCUAAGUCCUCCCAGGAUUGGGCCUGGGUUUGUUUAUUAAUACUUUCCCUCAUAGCCAGCUGUGAUAGAAUUGCUGACUUGCUUUGCUAAGAUGAUGUGCUUUAUGUUUCAGUUUUGCAAAGUGACUUGAGAUCUGAAUGGAAAAUACUUCAGAAGUGCAAAACAUAAUUUGCUUGGAAGCUAGGAGGCAGGUACACUGCAUAGAGAAGCAGAAUAAAGCUUGGAGCUCCAGUUCAUUGGAAGAUGAAGGUGCUUUCUGGCAUUAUUAACAUGAGGAAUAACCAAAAGGAGAGGAAAGCAGCUUGAGGCUUGUACAUGUUACCAUGGCGAUGACUGCAGGGACUACAACAUCCUUUCCCAUGAGUAACCACACCCGGGAGAGAGUGACGGUGGCCAAACUUACGCUGGAGAACUUCUACAGCAACCUAAUUAUACAGCAUGAAGAGAGAGAAACCAGGCAGAAGAAGCUGGAAGUGGCUAUGGAAGAGGAAGGCCUUGCAGAUGAGGAGAAAAAACUGCGCAGGUCACAACACGCUCGCAAGGAAACAGAGUUUCUGCGACUGAAGAGGACUAGACUUGGCUUGGAUGAUUUUGAAUCUUUGAAAGUUAUAGGAAGAGGAGCAUUUGGGGAGGUACGCCUCGUUCAGAAGAAGGAUACGGGUCAUAUUUAUGCAAUGAAGAUACUAAGAAAAGCAGAUAUGCUGGAGAAAGAGCAGGUGGCCCAUAUCCGAGCAGAAAGAGAUAUUUUGGUUGAAGCAGAUGGAGCCUGGGUAGUGAAAAUGUUUUACAGCUUUCAGGAUAAAAGAAAUCUUUACCUGAUCAUGGAGUUCUUACCUGGAGGUGACAUGAUGACCUUACUAAUGAAGAAAGACACCUUAUCAGAAGAGGAGACACAAUUUUAUAUUUCUGAAACUGUGCUGGCCAUAGAUGCUAUUCACCAGCUGGGGUUCAUCCACAGAGAUAUUAAGCCAGAUAACCUUCUGCUGGAUGCUAAGGGUCAUGUAAAACUGUCUGAUUUUGGGCUAUGCACAGGUUUAAAGAAAGCUCACAGAACUGAGUUCUACAGGAACCUUACACACAACCCGCCAAGUGACUUUUCAUUUCAGAAUAUGAACUCAAAGAGAAAAGCAGAAACGUGGAAGAAGAACAGGCGACAGCUGGCAUAUUCUACUGUUGGAACCCCAGACUAUAUUGCACCAGAAGUAUUUAUGCAGACUGGGUACAACAAGCUGUGUGACUGGUGGUCUCUGGGAGUGAUUAUGUAUGAAAUGCUAAUAGGGUAUCCACCUUUCUGCUCAGAAACUCCACAAGAAACAUAUAGGAAAGUUAUGAACUGGAAAGAAACAUUGGUAUUUCCUCCAGAGGUGCCCAUUUCAGAGAAAGCAAAGGAUUUAAUUCUAAGAUUUUGUACUGACUCAGAAAAUAGAAUUGGUAGUAAUGGAGUAGAAGAAAUAAAAAGUCACCCGUUUUUUGAAGGAGUGGACUGGGGACAUAUCAGGGAAAGACCAGCUGCAAUCCCUAUAGAAAUCAAAAGUAUUGAUGAUACUUCGAACUUCGAUGAAUUCCCUGAAUCUGAUAUUUUACAGCCAGUGCCAAACACAACGGAACCUGACUACAAGUCCAAAGACUGGGUUUUCCUCAAUUAUACCUACAAGAGGUUUGAAGGGCUCACGCAGCGUGGCUCGAUCCCUUCCUACAUGAAAGCUGGGAAGUUGUGAAACAAAACGCAAACCCACAAAAGAAAUUAAAACACAAACCUCAGGUAGCUGCAUCACCAGACCCGCUUGGCAUUAGUUAUCAAUACAUUGACUCUGGUGCGCAUCAAUUUCACAAGGAAAUUCUACGGGAUUAGGAUUUCUAAGACUAUCACAGGAAUUAGUUGGCAGUGCCAGCUGGCUUUUUUUUUUUUUAAUAUUUGAAUAUUUUUGUUAACUUUAUUAUACAAAGGUACUGGAAUAAAAGGAACGUACAUCCCUUUGUAACUGCACUGCCUAUGUGUGUAUAACGGUUAAUUAUGCCUCUCUGUACUGUGGCUUUGUUUGUACUGUAAACCAUCUAAUCCACCCGGGAGUAAAACAUAUCAUUUUAUGCAGCAUUGUUAUUAUACUGCUUACCUGGUGGGUUUUAGAUAUGCAGUAUAAAGAAAAAAACAACAUUGCCCACAUUUGCAAAAUUCUCUGAACAGUUGGUCAAGGUUGUUCCAGUUGUGGUCUGCAGAUACCCCAUGGGUGCAGCAACACUGAAUUAUUUUAAAUAGCAGUGUCCUGUGGGCUUACUUGUACCGUGCCUACCCUCGCUUCUCCUCGCUGGAUGGCUUUAUCAGCUGAUCAGCUCUUCUCCUCUUUCUUCCUUUUUGCACUGUGUGUGGCGGUGAGACAGUCCCCAUGAUCUGUUUAGUGGUAUUUCCACUUUAAAUGAUACUUGAUGGGUAUUACUGCUUCAGAGGAUGAUGCCUGUUGGCAACUUCAGAAGAUAAAAAGGAGUGUAAAUAAUAAUUAUGAGGACUUUUAACAGAAGGGGAACUUUCUGAUACCAAAUUCUAAAGGGGUGGCUGAGUUUCCGGGACUGCAUUCCUGCGUCUGCCUUUAAGGCAGAUCAUCUUCUUGCUACUCACAAUUCAAAUCGCCUUUCCUGCCUGUGCAAAAUGUAUCCUAGAAAAGUGAUCAAAUUGCUGCUUUUUCUUUUCUGUCUCUAAGAAGUUCCAGGCAGAAGGGAUCCUGCUCUAGCCUUUUAUUUCAGAAUACCCUGUAGCAGCUUCUGCCAAGCCAGAAGAAAUGGAGCACCCCACUAGGCUCACUCUCCUGCGGGCUCCAUCUGCUUCUGGUAUCUCCAUCUAAUGCGGACCAUGGGAUUACAAAGGAUCAGCUGAGUCUGGAGCCCAGUUUCCAGGAACCACAACCCCCCAUGACUGAAUCAGGCAGAGCACCUAAAUGCUGUUCUACCCAGUCUGCAUGAUGGUGACAAACUGACAGCAGAAAUGGUUUUCCUUCUCCCAGGUUGAGGAAACUAAAGCAAAAAUCCCUCCUUCUGCUGGGUGUGGUUUUGCUUCUCAACCCAGCAGCAGUUCAGCGCUGCUGGCAAAUUUCUCUCUGCCUGUACUAGCAUAUUAUCUGCAGUAUGUUGAAUCUAUCACAGUAGAGAUCUUUGAUACCAUUUUCUGGUUACGAAAGAGGUUUACAGCAAUCAACAAGUCCCUGGUAGCUGAACAAGCAGAGUCACUGUUGCUGUCUUCCUCCUCUAAACGCAAGUGAAAGGCACUCUGAAGCCUCCACAAUACCCACUGGUGUGAAGCACAGGAUGUUUUGGCAUACAGUUACAGAACACUCCAUUAGACUGUUUUGUUUUGGUUUUUUUCCCUAGCAAAAUGGAAUUGACUAUUUAUAAAGCCAUUACCAAAAUAUUUAUUGCUGUCAGGUACCAUGGUAUCAGCUAUUCUGAAUUAUUUAUAAGCUUUAAAAAACACACUGGGGUGUUCAUCUGCUGCAUCAAAGACCGUUUACCACCAAGAUUACUGUGCAUCAGUGGCUUACUGAUGUGCACGUAGUCUUCCCUUAUCCAACAGUUAGUUACUGGGUUCCUCAAGGGCUUCAGUGAUGCCUUUCUUCCAGUAUUUUGUCUCCCUUCAGGCAUCUGUGUUAUUUAUACAUUUCUACAUUCUGCAUUUCUACAAAAAAAUUUUAGUAUUUAGCUCACCAAAGAGGAAUAGGCAGUAACUCAGGGCCCAUCCAAUUUAUAUAGUGUUAUAUCAGAACACCGCUAAGCUAAGCUUUUGGCUAAAUGCUGGUCUUAAGUGGGAACAGCUCAUUGAUCUCUGAGUUUUUCUUCUCAGAUCUUACACUAAUUAACACCCUCUUGCUGCCACUGGGGCAAGAUCCUCUGAAAUUCGCCAGUGUUGUUCUCAGCCUUGUCAAUGUAGUGAAGCUCAACUUCUUUCCAACCAAAGACCAUCCAAAAACAGUUACUCACUUAAAUCCACUUUUAUACUUUCAAACUUCAUUCUGCUCAUGCCCUAGUAGCUUCUGGGGCUUCACAGGAAGGAGAUGCCUUUUCUAAGACCUUCAAUCUGUUCUAUCAAGACAGGGGAGCUUGGGCAGAAACUAUCCAAGAUGCAAACCUGGCCCCAAAGGACACUGCUAUUCAAAAGAGAGUUUUCAUUAGUUUUAAUGUCCAGUCUCAUCCGUGGGCACUAUGUGCACCAGAAGUGGAAUUCCUGCGAACAACGCGUUUCAAAAGACUACAGUUACCCUAUUUGCAUAAUAUAAAAAUAAGUCUUUGCUUGAACUUGCUAAGACAAGAUAAGUUUCAUGGAAACUGCAAAUGCUCAGUAAUACGGGUGAUUUUUUUUUUCCCAGUGGGCCUUGUGGGUGGGGAGGUAAAUACACAUUUAAUUUAAAGCUAUCUAUUAAACAUCUAUGUCUGUACAUACUCACUGGUUUACAAACUUGGGAAAAAGCUCAACCCUUAUAUUUGUAACACUAAAGAUAAUACUCAUUUAAAAAUGCGGAUUAUUAAUCAUAUCAGUGCUCACAUAGGAGUUAUAUCCAUAGGGAAACAGCUUGCAGCCUACUUAGCAUAACCUCCUGUAUUGUGGUAGCUGAUUUUUUUUUUAAACAUAGCAUUAUUUUAAUCAAUAACUCAAGUUAUACAAAAUAUUAACUACUGCUUUUAGGAUGAUAGAUUAUUUUAUUUUAAGGUGAAACUGUGACACUGCAAGAGAUUAAAGAGAACACAGGGUUGAUCUACACUGGCUCUCAAAAAAUGGAAGUGCAACAUAUCGUUUGUUAUUUUUGUCAUAUUCCUUUGGAUGGUUGUGUUUUUUUCCUUUGGCGAUGUUUGUCAUUGUGCCAUUUAUUUUUCUUAUUCUUGAAGUACCAAAGAUCCUGAAAUGGCUUGAUGAUUGCAACCAUGUGAAAGUUUAUUUUCUGGAAGUAUGUUUUGUUAACUUUUGUUAAAAUGUGGAAUUGUGUAUGCAAAUUGUUACCAGAGGUUUGCUGGGAAGUUAACCUAUUCCAGCGGGGAGAACUCGAGUGCAUUGACGGAAGUGGUGAGCCUGAAUCCAGAUUCUGGAUCUGAAGACCCUGAAACUGGGGAGGAAGCUUGGAUUGGGGAAACGCAGCUGAGCUUUUGCACUUUGUUCCAUCUCCAGUCAGCGUGAGUGGCCUUAGGCACAGGACACCAGCAGAGGUUGUUUCAUGCGCAAAAGGAGUUAAAAAAAAAAUUUGCCAGCAUUCAUAAAUCAAAUAUUGUUGAUACUGCAUUUGCACUGUUAAAAUUUGCCUUGCUGGAGAGUUAUAUAAGUGUUAUUUUUAUAGGUCAAUUGUUAAACACCUGAGCCGUUGAAUACAGUAUGGAAUAACAGCAUCUGGCGUGGGUGACUCCACCGAAGUGCAAAGGGGCUUGCUGGAAGCUCUCCACACUACCAGGAUAAAUGGGCACAAGCAGUACAAAGGGUGUUGCGCCGGCUCCUUCUAAAGAGGUGACUUUCCUCCUCUGCGACAGCAAGUAGGGAAUACUGCAGUUCAGCCCGGUUAUACUCUUAAUGCUUAGGAAGUGCUCUCACUUUUUCAAUAAUGCGAGCAAUUACAAGCAUUGUAACAUACUGUACCUUGUCCUUUUAAUGUUGAUAUAUUACAGCAGCUCGUUCUUGGAGUCGAAAUGGCAACUGCUAUAUUUUUCCUAGACUGUUUCAUUAGUUGUGGUUGGGAAAGUUACAUAGAAGCAUUAUAAAAAUUUAUAUGAGGCUUUUUACAGCAUUUGAAAUAAAAGUAGCGUUCUUUUUGUAAA